UAUUAUUUCUGCUACUUCCUUUCUGCUGCCGCUUUAACGCAGGUUUCAAAUCAUGUACAGGCGAUGUUGUCCGGCAAUUGUACUUUACCUUUAAUCCAAAUUUAAGACCAUAUUAUAUAGAUUCAAAAUUUAAUACUCAAUAAAUUUUGAAGCGCAUCUUUUGAUUUUGCUGUGCCACGGCAUGUUACCACGGCCUUUGCAUUCUACAGUGCUUUAUUAAUAAUAAUGAUAAUGAUGAAUGUGUCAAGAUGGUACAUUCUACUUUUAAUUCUAUGUGCUGUUCAUAUAAAUUUUUCGCAGACACUUCAGAAGUCUGUAUCUGUAGUUUUGGACUCAAAAUGGUUGGACACACCUUUGCAUUUAGAAGCUAGUGAGUUUCUGGCAGAGGAAAAUCCUGAGUUAUUUUGGAAAUUUUUGAAAGAUUGUUCAAAACUAGAGUCCAAUUUUUUUUAUAAAAAAUCAGCCAAACUGCAGUAUGAAGCCAUAAUUGAUAUUAGCAGCAAUUAUCUUUCAUCUACAAAAAUAUCACUACUUAAAUUCUCCUUAGCUCUGCGAGCCUAUUCACCAGCAGUUGAAUUGUUUCACCAAAUUGCCUAUGAUCAAAAGUUUCCUGUUAAGUGUGAAGCUAUAGCUGAUGUUGGUGGUAGUUAUGCUUGUGAUGCUGAAAAUUUGAAAUCUCUUCUUUCAUCUUCAACAAGGAAUACAUCUGUAUUAUAUCAAAUUGAUCAUAUUCAUCCAAACACUUCAAAAACUGCUGAUGUUAUAUUGUAUGGAGAAAUAGGAACUUCAUCAUUUCAUAAAUUACAUGAAAUUCUUGAGAAAGAAGCAGAAAAGAAUACCAUUACAUAUGCUGUUCGGCACUUUGUACUUAAAAGACAUAAGAGGAAGGUUCGUCUGUCUGGGUAUGGUGUUGAAUUAGCAGUUAAAAGUACAGAGUACAAAGCCCAAGAUGAUACAAAGGUCAAAGAGGAAAAAGGCCCUGAGCAAGAAGAAAUUGAUAAGUAUGAAGAACUUGAAGGAUUCAUAUUCAGCAAACUGAAGGAGCUGCAUCCAUCAAAAGCUGAAAAUCUGGAACAGUUUAAAGCUCAUAUUUUAGAAAGUUCAAAGGAAAUUCCAACUUUAAAAGUGUGGGAAUUGCAAGAACUUAGUUUACAAGCAGCCCAGAAGAUUUUGGAUUCACCAAUUGAAGAGAGUAUGCGAAUAAUGAAAGAUAUAUCUCAAAACUUUCCCGUUCAAGCCCGGUCAUUAAUUCAUGUUUCUGUUUCUAGUGAAGUUAAAAAGGAAAUUGACAGAAAUCAGCAGAUGUUUAUGCAUCAUCAUAAUCUUGGACCAUCAGAUGCUGCAAUGUUUUUAAAUGGUAUGUUUUUUGAAAUGGAUACAACAGAUAUAUUUACCUUGUUGCAAGUUCUAAAGCAAGAAACACAUGUACUUGAAUCACUGUAUAAAAUAAAGAUACCCGAGCAACUGUUAACAAAAUUGUUGAAAAUGGACUUUGCCUUGGAUAAAGAAGAAUAUGCUGUUGAUAUUCGGGAUACUGCUAUUAAGUAUAUAAACAACAUUGAAACAGAUCGUCAGUAUCGUAGUUGGCCUGGAAGUGUUCAAGAUUUGUUGAGACCAACUUAUCCAGGCAUGCUUCGUAGCAUUAAGAAAAACAUAUAUCAUUUAAUUAUUGUUGCUGAUCCAUCAAAAAGCGAUGCUAAAGAUAUUUUUAAACUUGCUGAGUCUUUCUAUGUUCACAAAGCACCUGUUAGGAUUGGAUUGUUAUUUGCUGUUAAUCCUAAUGCUUCUGUUGAUGGUUUUCAUGAUGCUGGUGUUGCUUUCUUGAAUGCAUAUAAUUUUAUAAGUCAAGAUAAAUCACCAUAUGAUGGAUUAUCUUUCAUAACUGAUGUAUGCCUUAACUAAUUUUUUGUCAAUUUCUUAUCAUAGAAUCUUCAGUUUCUCUAAAAAUUUGAGAAUAGGAUAAUUUGUUAUUGAAAUGCAUAUAAUAAUAAAAAUGCUAGAAAUACCAUU